AAAAGAGAGUGUUGGAGCUGCUGCUGGCAUUAACUUCAGCAGACAGAGAUUCACACACUCAAAACAGGAAACAUCCAGAGCGGAAAGAGACAUCAGCAGAGUUGGAAGAGAAGCUCUUGGGGUAGAGAUUGAUCAGAACUUAAGAGCAGAGGUGACUUUAAAUUGCUGCCCGGAAAUUGGAGGUUUGAGGAAUCUGUUUGGCUUUUACGGACUCUUACUUUGUUGCUUCUGAGAAACACUUCUCUUUAAACAGGACAAGAAAAAGGAAACAACAAGAAAGACAACAUUGAGAGUUUGUCUCUGAGCAGCUGACUGUCUUCUUUCAGCUGCUUUCACUCCUAAUUCAUUUCAUUCAAAGAAGAUUUCAUCUCGACCAAUGGCUGCUGUGCGUCAGAUGAUUAUGGAGGCCUCUGGCUUCCACGUCCUGCCAGCCCACCUCAUGGCCUCGGCAAUGGAGGAGUUCCCCCAGCAGCUGCCUGUCCCUAAGGCUCCGGCGAGGGGCAAGAGCCGCUCCCGGCGACCUCGGGAGGCUCGCUUCAAAACACAGCCUGUCACCUUUGCUGAGAUUGCAGAGGUAGAAGAAGAGGGUUCCUCGCCCUUGGAGGAAGAGAGGGCACGGCGCUCCUUCCUUCAGUCCCUGGAGAACCUGCGAAGGAGCACGCAGACCCUCCACUGCCCACCGGCUGCACAUCACAGCUGCACCCCUACACCCACACAGGCCAGCCUGGACUCCAGUGACUCCGACUCCACCCAGUGAGGGCUAAAACACGCCCACCUUCUCGCAUCUGAGUUCCUUGCUUCGCCUUGACGCCGCUUCAUAUGGAGGCCAACUGAACUGAACCAAACUGGCCUGUUUGCCAGCCUGUCUGUAUGUGUGUGUGCACUGCUGCUUUCAUAUGAAAAUCUGCAUUUAAUAUAUACUCAUACUAACAUAUCAGAACACAGAAUAUAGUUUGAAGAUGCACUUGAUGCAUAUGUGUAAAGAUGUCUACCAGUGUCAGAGGCUGGUUGUAAUGAGUGUAAAGGUAGCAGAUGACGCAGUGUUGAACACACCACUCUUCAGAUGUAUUCCCUUUCUCUUGUCGAUGUCUGUGAGAGAAACUUGAAAGAUAGUUGAUAUUUUUCCAUUUUUGUUUCAAUUCAGAUUUUUCUACAAAUAAAAAGGACUGUUAAAACGUCACUAUUGUGACUUAACACACUGUAAAUACUUGGACUAAAGCAACGUGCUGAGCAUCCAAAGUGACCCGGCCGUCACUAAGCUUUGUCAAAAGUUGUUUUCCAGUUUCACGAUGAAUGAAAUCUCUGCUCUACAAAUCCUGAGCAAGCAAUGCCUUUUUAAAUGUCUUUAUUUAUUUUCUUAUUUUGAUCAUAACCAAGCGGAGUUGUAGAUGUGAU